AUGCCGUCGAACGGCAUACGAUUCUGCGGCAUGUGUAGCAAACCCAUCAGUACAGAAUCUGCCUACAAACGUCAUGUAUCCUACUGCCGCCGGGCGCUGAGCAAGCCCAGGAAGCGGAAGCGUUCUUGCAAGCAGUGUCACUCCGCCAAAGCCAAGUGCAGUUUCGAGCCGGAAUGUUCGCGUUGCAGGUCCAAGGGCCUGCAAUGUAGCUACGAGGACCCAAUACGUCCAGAUGUUGCCUCGGCGGCGGAGUUGGGAACCGACUGGCAAAACGCGGCAGAGUCCACCGGCGAUGGGGAGAGCGCAAUGAUGAUCCCCGACAGCCCACCAGCUACCGAGCUGGUACCCUUCAGCGGCAGCUUUGGCGCCGCCAAAGACAUUGUCCUACCCGCCACCUCACCCCGGCUGGUGACAGACCUGCGGGCUGACCCAGUGGUCCAGAGCAGUGUCGAGCUCCUGCUCGAAGCGAUGCGCAGCCUGCCCUGCAUGAUGAGCAGCGUCCACACGUCCCCGUGGUUCAUCCACGGCCACUGGCACGCGCCCGAGCUCCCCACGAGCGUCAUCAACUGCUCGGGUAUUGCGCGGCUGUACAUGGAGGAGAAGCGGCCGGACUACAGCGGGAAGGCAUCGCUCCGGCCGUUCGUCGACGCGGAGAACAGACGGCUUUCGCAGGCGCUGCCCGACUGCUCGCGGGCGGAGGCCGUCGCUGGGAUACAGGUUCUCUUGAUGUACCUGAUCUUCUGCGCGCUGGAGAAUAUAUCUGUGCAUGGCGUACCCGAGGUCCGCCUGCAACUCCUUAUGACACUCGUUCGGUACUGCGAGAGAUCGAGAGAGAUCGACAAUUUUGAGCCGUUCGACAUUGACAAAAUGCAUGAUCCGGGUCAGACGUGGGAAAACUGGAUCUAUGCCGAGACGCGACGCAGAUGCGCCGUCGCCUGGUUCAUCAUGAGCCGGGUGAUCGACCUGAAAUUCGGCGUCCUCUGUCCCACCAUCAUCGGUUACCGCUCCAUCCCGCUUACUUCGCCAGGCUCACUCUGGACUGCGAGGACACGAGGGGAAUGGGAAGCUCUCCGUGAGAUUCAUCGCCAAGAAGGUGGACUGCCACUCCGUACCUUUGGCGAGCUGAUCGAUGCUCGGGCCGCGCCGCCUGACUCGGAUAUGGGCCAACGGCUGAACGCGUGGCACGCCAGCUGUGAUAAUCUGGGAUUGCUGCUCACGCAAGCUACGGCACUGGUCUAG